GUGACGGGUGAGCCGUACAGAGGAUCCUUGGGGGGUCAUUGGUGUUGACUGCUGGUGCUGGAAGAUGGCGGUGAUACAGAACGGCACCAUGGAGCUAACCGAACAGGACAUACACAGCAUGCAGCACAACCUGGCCCUUGGUACGCUCUUGACCCGAUUCUAUGGUCGCAAGAGACCCGAGCGGAAGUCUUUCGAGGUCAACAUGGAGACCAGGCAGGUUGUAUGGAGGAGGCAGGGAGGACGAACUGAAGGAGCAAUCAACAUCAGAGAAAUCAAAGAAAUCAGACCGGGCAAGGUUUCCAAAGACUUUGAGAAGUGGCCUGAGGAACAUCGUAGGCACCCAAACAACAUCUGCUUUGUGGUGUUCUAUGGUACAGAGUUCAGGCUGAAGACACUUUCUGUAGCUGCUGUGAAUGCAGAUGAGUAUCACCUUUGGAUAACUGGACUCAAAUGGCUAAGAAAACACAGAGAAAAGGCUAGUUACCCAUUACAAGUCAGGAGGUGGCUACGAAGGGAAUUCUAUGCCAUGGGAAAGAACAAAACAGACACAGUUUCAUUGAGAGACAUGAAGUCAUUUCUUCCAAGAAUUAACCUGAAGAUGAACACUAGAGAACUUAGAGAAAACUUCAAUGAGGCAGACCGAUGGGGUCGGCAAGAGAUACCAUUUGAUGGCCUUCUUCAGCUUUAUAACAACCUGGUUUUCCAACAAGAGGUGGCAGACAGGUUACGUGAAUACUACAAUGACAUGAAUAGAGUAACUUUGAAUGAUUACAUCAGGUUUUUAGCCCAAGAACAGAAGGACCCAGUUGCCAACAACCCACACGAAGUUAAACAGUACAUCAAGAAGUAUUUUGCUGACUCUGGGAAACCCCCAGUUGAAAGCGAUAGUGACCUCUCUUUCACGGUGCAAGAAUUUGUAGAUUACCUUUACUCCAAAGACAAUGAGAUAUGGAAUCGUUUCUAUGACAACAUUACAGAUGACAUGGAUAGACCACUAUGCGAUUAUUGGAUUGCCUCUUCUCACAACACAUACCUUACUGGAGAUCAAGUAUCCAGUGAAUCGUCAGUGGAAGCCUACGCUAGGUGCCUCCGGAUGGGAUGUAGAUGCCUUGAAUUGGACUGUUGGGAUGGACCGGACGGGUUACCAAUCAUCUACCAUGGUCACACCUUGACAACAAAGAUAAGAUUUUAUGAUGUCCUCAAGACGAUCAAGGAACAUGCAUGGAUCACUACAGACUUUCCAAUUAUCUUAUCGAUAGAGAAUCAUUGCUCUCUGCUACAGCAGAGGAACAUGGCUUGCCUCUUCCAAGAAGUCUUUGGAGAGAACUUGCUAACACAGCCAAUAGAUAGGGAUGCCAAUAGUCUUCCUGCCGUCAGCAAGCUGAAGAGGAAGAUCAUUCUUAAACACAAGAAGCUCCCCGAUAAUGGAAACGAGACAUUCACUGUGCCCCAAGAAGACAGUCUAGAUUUUGACUUGAGAAAUUCAACCAAAAAUGGCAUUCUACUUCUUGAGGAUCCAUUAGAUCAAGAAUGGGCUCCUCAUUACUUUGUUCUGACUGACACCAAGCUGUACUACUCAGAAGAGACCAACACCCAGGCCAGUCAGGAUGAUGAUGAUGAUGCUAGCUCCAUUGAACCGGCCACACCCAAUGAAGAGCUUCACUACUCCGAACCCUGGUUUCACGGAAAACUAAACACAAACCCAGACCAGCAGCCCCGCACUGUUGCUGAUGAGCUUCUUACACGAUAUCAGCAAGGCGAUGGAACAUUCCUUGUUCGUGAAAGUGAAACCUUCAAAGGAGACUAUUCCCUUUCAUUCUGGGCCAUGGGAAAGGUCAACCACUGUCGAAUCAAGUCCAAGCUUGACCGAGGUCAAUCCAAGUACUUCCUUGUGGAGAACAUGCCGUUUGAUAGUCUCUACACACUUAUCAACCACUACCGGGCGGUACCCCUACGUAGCCGAGACCUGGAGGUUAGGCUCACUGAACCAGUGCCCCAGCCCCCGAGCCACGAGAACAAAGAAUGGUUUCACAGUCGACUGAGCAGACAUGAGGCGGAGGACAUGCUAAAGAGGGUUCGUCAGGAUGGUGCGUUUUUAGUCAGAAAGAGUGAGCGAGAGAAUGAUGCUUUCGCCAUCUCGUUCAGAGCGGAUGGGAAGAUCAAGCAUUGUCGUAUCAAGCAAGAGGGUAGGCUCUUUACGAUUGGAAGUGCCCAGUUUGAGAGCCUUGCGGAGCUCUGCAGCUAUUAUCACAAGUACCCCCUCUAUAGGAAGAUGAAGUUAAAGUCUCCUGUCAACCAAGAAGUGGUCGAUAGAGUAGGAGGGGAUUUAGAUCCAGAGGAUGAUCCUAUCUAUGGAACAGGAGGAAUCUACAUGGAUCCAAACCAAUUUGUACCAAAGGUCACUGUAAAAGCAUUAUAUGAUUACAAGGCACAGAGAGAAGAUGAAUUGUCAUUCUGCAAACAUGCCAUUAUCACCAAUGUUGAUAAACAAGACCAUGGAUGGUGGAAAGGGGAUUACGGUGGUAAGAAAAAUAUGUGGUUUCCAUCCAAUUACGUUGAAGAGGUGACAACCCCUGCUACCAAUGACCAGGGACAGAAUGCAACACUCCUAGGUAACCUUCAAAAGGGUGCUAUUGACAUCAAUGGAUGCAGUGUUGAAAUGAUGCUAGGUGUGAGGACAAGACAGCAUUUUGUGUUCAGAAUAAUCUCGCCGACGCAGCGUAAUGCGAUGGACGUAGCGGCCACCGACCUAACAGAGCUUGAGGACUGGAUGAAAUGCAUACAGGAAGCUUCAGUCAAAGCCACUGUUAUGACAAAGAGUAUCCAGAAUCAUGAACGUAGACUGCGUAUCGCGAGGGAAUUCUCCAGGCUCAUCGUCUACUGCAGAUCUGUUCCAUUCUCAGAAGACAACAUUCCAGGCAAAUACUUUGAGAUGUCGUCCUUCCCUGAAACCAAAGUAGAGCGUUACAUGGUUCCUGGCAAGUCAAAGAUCCUUGUGGAUUACAACAGGAAACAGGUCAGCAGGACCUAUCCUAAAGGUCAACGUAUCGAUUCGUCCAACUAUGACCCCAUCCCAAUCUGGUUCUGCGGUUGUCAGAUGGUCUCUCUGAACUACCAGACUCCAGAUCGUCAUAUGCAGGUGAAUGAGGGCAUGUUUGCACUCAAUGGGAGAUGUGGAUAUGUACUGAAACCAGAAUGCAUGUUUGAUAAGAACUUUGAUUCUUUCGACAAGAGAACACUAUCAAACGUUGAUCCCAUCCAUCUAACCAUUACAAUCAUAGCAGCCCGUCAUUUGCAGAAGACCGGCCGUGGUAUAGCCAGUCCAUUUGUUGAAGUAGAAGUGCUUGGUUCUGACUAUGACAGUGGGAACAAAUACAAGACAAGCACAAAAGCUGAUAAUGGUUUUAACCCAGUCUUCAAUGAAGUGUGUGAGUUUGAUGUAUCCAACCCAGAUCUAGCCAUGCUAAGGUUUGUCAUCCAGGAUGAAGAUGUCUUUGGUGAACCUAACUUCCUGGGCCAGGCUACCUACCCUCUCAAGGCUAUCAGAACAGGAUAUCGAUCUGUCCAGCUGAAGAACGGGUAUUCUGAAGAGCUGGAACUAGCCACACUCUUGGUCCAUGUUGAUAGGAGAGUCAUAGGGGAAUGUGACGACAGCGACCUUUACGCGUCCAUUCAGAUGUUGAGAGAGAGGACGCAAGAGCUGACUGCUGUGGUCAAUACCAUGGACAGACCAGACAUGGACAAUGGUGCUGGGGGCGGAGAGUCGGACGCGUUCCGCUUGAAGACGGCAGAGCUGAAUAACUGCCAGGAGGCGCUCUUCAAUCUCCAAGAACAGAGAAAACAACGGGUGGAGAAGAGAAAACUUAGAAAAACAGCAAGCAACAGUCAGAGCCGACUUCCCAGACCUUAAGAUGAAAUCGCAAAAAUCAACAGUAAACUGAUCAUUGAUUAUGAUCCCAUACCAGAAGGUGUUAGAGAGUUCUUAUCUUCAACUGGAAAGUGAAGAAGUUCUUGUGGAAUUCUCUUAUGGCACUGUACUUAUGAAUAUCUACCAAGGGAGCUCACAGGAUUGACAAGAUAUGGUCAUUGGAGGAAUGGAAGCUGCAAAGCUUGGUUCAGUUUGCAUUCACUUUGAUUACAGAUUAUCAGAUGAAUGUCAUCUGUACAUUCUGUGAUGAUUGUAUAGUAUCAAUUGACCAUUAUCUUUGCGUUCAUGUGAUGAUUGCAGAUUAUUAAGUGACUCAUCUGUACAUUCAUGCGAUGAUUGCAGAUAUCUAUUGACUGUUGUCUAUACAAUCAGUUGAUGAUCGCAGAUUAUUGAAUGACUGUCAUCUGUACAUUUACAUGGUCAUGAUUGCAUAUUAUCAAAUGACUUGUCUAUACAUUCAUGUGAUGAUUGCUUAGUGUCAAUCAUAUACAUGUAUGAAUUCAUGAGUGGAAUGCAGAUUCUCAGAUGAAUGUCAGCUAUACAAUCAUGUGAUGAUGAUUGCAGAGUAUCAAUCAACUGUCAUCUAUAAAAUCGGGUGAUGAUUGCAGAUUAUUUAAUGAUCGUAACCUAUACAUUUAAAAGCUAACGAUUGCAGAUUAUCAGAGGACUUUCAUUUAUACAAUCAUGUGAUGAUGAUUGCACAGGAGGAUAAUAUUUUGUCUUGUGGACAGAAUUUAAGUGACUAAAUAUAACCUUCUCUGGAGUGUUAUCGUGGAAAUGCAGAGUAUAAUCUCUAAUAUGCUUUUAAUCCGUUGAAGAUUCAUUUUAUUUUCAUACUAUAUAUGCCCAUUGCGGAUGGGUUUGGGAUUUUUUUUAUUGUGAUAGCCACAUGUUGAAUGUAGAUGAUGCAUGUGGGAUAUUUUGGUUUAUGUACAAAAAACUGUCCAACAUCUCAUUGAGUUCAUGUAAAGUCGAGUGGAAUUAACCUAAAUGGAUCAUGUCUAUUAACAUAACUUUUAGUCUUGUUGAAAAGAAUUUAAGUUUUCUAUCCUCUAUUGCUUUCUAUUGAUGUAAAGUCUACCUGAAUGAUCUGUUAAUGUGUAUUGAUCUAUUAGGUUGUAGUCACAUAUUGGCAUUAGACAUUACUGGGACCUGUUUUACAAAGUGUUGUGAUGUAUUUAUAUCAUUCUCAAACCGAGAUUGAUCUCAAAUUGUGUAGUUAAGUAAUAUCAGAUUAGAUCUCAAUCUGUGUUUGAUUUGAAUCAAUCGCAACUCUUUGUAAGACAGUGCUCAUUUCAUUUUUAUGUGCGCAGGAUAACAACUCAUCACCAUGGCAAUGCCAUAUAAAAUAACCAAACAUUUUAUUAUAAAGUCUAUCUCUCUACUAAAAGGAAUUAUAUGAUAUAUAUGUGUAAUGAUACAAUCACAUGUAUGAAAAAAAAUAAUCUACAUGAAUCUAAGAGACUCAUGCAAAAAUACCAAGAACAAUUGUUGUAAAUCCAUUAAAUGUUUAUGAUUUGAAGAAGAAAUCUUGAGGGAUUUUGGUACAGGAAAAUUGUUCAAUGUUUUAACCAAAAAUAUUUUUUCUGGGUUGAGUUUGAGUAGAUGUAUUUGUAUUUUGGAUUAUACAAACAUGGUGCAUUUUUUUAUAUGUAGUGUAUGUAAUAGUGGGAAUAUUGUGGUGUAGUGCUUCUGACUUUCGCCUUUCAGUCAGUGUCGUGGGUUCAAAUCCAAGCAAGAUAUUUAUCAAUAUUGUUCUGUACAUGACCAAGGUGCAGUAUGUUAUUCUUUGGCAGGAUUAUCAUUUUCUUGAACACUUGUCUGUCGGGAUAGGCAGCUUGGCUAUAGCCAGAGUAAUAAUCACAAUUAGCGCCUAGAGUACUCUGCAGAGAGGAAGCAGGUGUUUUGCUAUAUAUUAUUAUUUUUUGUAUUUUUAUUUUAGUAAUGAAAAUUUGCAAAAUGCACUGAUUACAACAUGCAUAAACAUAAU